AUGGCAUCUACGAAAAAGUUACGCAUGGGUAUGAUCGGUGGUGGUCCAGGAGCUUUCAUAGUUCCGAUCCCGAGAAGUCCUAUGAAAUGGGAAAACAACUUGGACUUGCAUCAGAUCGUGUUUAUGCCACGAAUGGAUUUUGUUGCCAUCGUUACACCUAACCAUGUUCAUUAUGAACCUGCCGUUUUGGCUCUCCGUGCUGGUUUUGAUGUUGUUCUCGAUAAACCAAUGUGUUUAUCUCUUCAAGAAGCCCGUGAACUUUCUCAAAUCGUUCAUGACACUGGCCGCACUCUUUGUCUUACACAUACGUAUACAGGUUAUCCAAUGGUGAAACAAGCUCGUCAAAUGAUUGCGCGGAACGAUCUAGGCUCAAUUCGAAAAGUCUAUGUUGAAUAUCCGCAAGGUUGGUUAAGUCAUGCCGAGGUGAAUUCUAAACAGGCUCAAUGGCGACUCGACCCGAAACGUAGUGGACCUGCCGGAUGUCUCGGAGAUAUCGGUGUGCAUGCAUUCAAUCUAGCUGAAUAUAUAACUGGACUUCAAGUCACUCAUGUUUGUGCUGAUCUACAGAUCGUCAUUGCUGGUCGUCAACUCGAUGAUGAUGCGAGUGUCCUGCUACGUUUUAAUAAUGGAGCGACUGGUGUGUUAAUGGCUUCACAGAUUUGUACAGGUGAAGAAAACAAUUUGAAAAUUCGUGUCUAUGGCGAUAAAGGUUCCAUCGAAUGGCAACAUGCUGAUUGCAACACAUUAGCAGUGCGAUGGUUUGAUAGUCCAACGGAAAUUUAUCGUACUGGAACACCAUAUCUUUCGCAAAGUGCUAUACAUAAUACACGUGUACCAGCCGGACAUCCGGAAGGAUACAUUGAAGCAUUUGCAAAUAUUUAUCGUAAUUUUGCUCGAACAGUUCGUAGUAAAAUGAACGGCGAAGAGAACUUAUCGGAACAAUUGGAAGACUUUCCUGGUGUCAGAGAAGGUGUGCGUGGUAUGGCCUUCAUUGAAACAUGUGUAGCAAACAGUAAAAACAACGAGGAAAAAUGGACUGAAUUGAAAGAUUGA